CUCGACCCAAAGCUUUAGUGUGUUUACGGCUAAGUUAGAGGACGGAGAGGAGCCUGUGGGAACUUGUGUUUUGGCAGUUAGUACAGUACCAGCAGACGACGCAGAAGAGGAGCGCCCAGUUACUUUGUACCAACAGUAGCAGUCGCAUCACUCUUUUACAACUAAGUGCCCAGCUACCUGCAUCAUGGAUCUUGGUGGUACAGAGAGGGAAAAAGACAAUAACAAUGAUUUUGACAAUGAAAAGACCGCCACACGUCCAGACUUUCCGCUGGGCGCGGUACUGCUGGACCUGGAGGAACGCGACCUACCCAGCAUCGCUUCCCGGGUGGUGGACAAAAUGAUCGCAUGCGACCAGAUUCCAUCAGACCAGCGUGAAGCAGUUAUCCGCGUUCUCCUUCUUAGGCACAAACACAUCCGAGAGAAUCAGUCCUCUUUCCGGCUCCCCUCCUUGGGAUCAAAGAGCGCUCUAGUCAGUUCCGAGGAAAAAUUGCAGCCAUCAUCAACAAGUGUGAGUUUGGACGGCAGCGGAAUACGGGCGUCCGUGCGUAAGGCAGGACUCUCCAACCUUUUCCACGUGAAUACCUUCUCCAGCUUCCUCCGCAGCAACUCCACUGAUGACCCAAACAACGUUGUCUCUAAUGGCGGCAUCUCCAAGGACCCCAACCCUGAGACUAGGAGAAGCUUCAGUCACGACGACUCGUACACUCAGAACUAUCUCGAUUCACAGAACCUAAUUCCAGACCAAACAGAAGAGCAUCACAUCUUGAUUGAUAUUGAAGGUGGUGAUGGAACUAAAGAUGGAAAAAGUGAAUUACGCAAGAAUAAGGACCUGAUGAAAAAGAUCCCAGAAGGUGCUGAAGCCACAGCUGUAUUAGUUGGUGCUGUAGACUUCCUUAAGCACCCCACUAUUGCCUUUGUAAGGCUGGCCGAAGGAGUUAUGAUGGAUAAUCUGGUCGAGGUUCCCAUCCCAGUCAGGUUUAUGUUUGUGCUCCUGGGUCCAUUCCAUGGUGAAAUGGACUACCACGAGGUUGGUCGUUCAAUAUCCACCCUUAUGUCUGAUAAAGGAUUUCACGAGGUGGCUUACCGUGCACACUCACGUGGACAACUGCUUUCUGCCAUCAAUGAGUUUUUGAAUGCAUCCAUUGUCAUGCCUCCUGCUGAUUGGAACAAUAAAGACCUGGUUCCUGUUGAGGAUAUCCGAGCAAAGGCUCAACAGAUCAUGAAGAAGAAGGAAAGUUUGAGGAACAAACGUUCACUGGCUGAACAAGCUGUAGCUCCAGUGUCUGCGGGGGAUGAUGAUGGGGAUAAGAAACCUCCGCCAAGAGAUCCUUUGAUGCGCACAGGAAAACCAUUUUACGGUUUGAUUCAAGACAUUAAGAUCCGCUACCCCCAGUAUCUCUCGGAUCUUAGAGAUGGCCUUGAUGGUCAAGUUGCUGCUGCUGCCAUCUUCAUCUUCUUUGCAGCCCUUUCAGCUGCCAUUACCUUUGGUGGCAUGUAUGGUGACAAAAUGGAUAAUUAUAUUGGUGUUGGUGAAUGUCUUCUUAUUUCGUCUGUGAAUGGUGUCAUCUUUGCUCUGUUUGCUGCUCAACCAUUACUUAUUAUUGGUGCUACGGGACCCCUUAUGAUUUUUGACAUGAGUCUGUACCAGUUUUGUGUCACGUAUGAACUUGAUUUCCUGUCCAUAAGAGUGUGGGUUGGUUUGUGGAUGACAGUAUUUGCACUGUUAAUUGCUGCAUUUGAAGCUGUUGCUAUUGUCAAGAAAAUAACCAGAUUCACUGAAGAGAUCUUCUCGACUUUGGUGUGCCUCAUCUUCAUUUAUGAAUCCUUUGUGAAGCUGGCUGGCAUUUUCAAGGAACAUCCCCUACAAGAAAAAUACAACUUUGUAGAUGCUAACCACACUGAAAUUAUGUCUGGUACAAUCAUCAACGGAACUCUGUUCAAUGGAACAAAUGUCGAUGGAGGUGAAGUUGAUUUUGUAAAUCCUGCCCAACCAAACACUGCUCUUCUGUCAAUGAUUCUCAUGCUGGGAACCUUCAUCAUUGCUUUUAAGCUGAAGCACUUCCGUAACUCUAAAUUCCUUGGAAGAAGUGUACGCCGUGCUCUUGGUGAUUUUGGUGUACCUAUUUCAAUUGUUCUUAUGGUACUGUUGGACUACUUGAUUCAAGACACUUACACUGAUAAGCUCACUAUGCCUGUGGGUAUCCAGCCUUCCAACCCUGCUGUCCGUGGUUGGUUGAUUAGUCCUCUAGGUGCUACCAAACCAUUGCCUGUGUGGUGUAUGUUUAUUGCUGCCCCUGCAUCUCUACUCCUCUUCUUCCUCAUCUUCCUUGAAGAGAAUAUCUGCCACCUGAUUUUGAGCAAGCCAGAGCGUAAUAUGGUCAAAGGAUCAGGCUUCCACUUGGAUCUGGUCCUUUCAUGUUUCAUCAACUUAAUAGCUGGCCUCUUUGGUGCUCCAUUCAUGGGUCCAGCUUGUGUCAGAACUGUUUCACACACAUCAGCACUCACAGUCAUGAGCUCUACUCAGGCUCCUGGAGAAUCCCCUAAGAUUGUUGGUGUUAAAGAGCAGCGACUGAGUGCCCUUGUGGUGUCUAUCAUGAUUGGACUGUCAGUGCUUUUAUCAGUUGCUCUUAACAUGGUGCCAAAAGCAGUUCUGUUUGGCAUCUUCCUCUACAUGGGAGUUUCCUCUACUGCUGGUAUUCAGUUCCUGGAGCGAUUGAUUCUUGUUUUAAUGCCUAUCAAGCACCACCCUAAUGUUCCCUAUGUGAAGAAGGUUCGCACCUGGAAGAUGCACAUUUUCACUGGAAUUCAGUUGAUAAUGUUGGUGGUGUUGUGGAUUGUAAAGCAAUCACCAGCUGCCCUCUGCUUCCCCUUCGUCCUUAUGCUUCUUAUCCCAAUGAGACUGUACCUCUUACCUUAUGGGUUCUCCAAUCCUGAACUUAGUGCGCUUGAUGGUAAGGAAGCCACUGCUAGUACCGACAAAGAUGAGGAGCCCGACUUCUUCGAGGAAACUCACGGUCUUCCUACCCAUGUUGAUCAUCAUCAUCAGAGCUGAGCAAUUUGAUACUCUACUUUUGAAUUCCCUCACCUGCCAUAGCACUUGUACUUUCCUUCAGUACAUUCGAAAUUGUAUAUUAUUCUUAUUUGUAAUAUACAAGGGACUUUUUUUAUGUGAAAAUAUGCAGAAUAUUGUUUCCAAUGCUAGUUUAAGAGAAAACAAUUCAGAGUUUACAUUGUUAAGGCUCAUGUUUUAACAGUUUCUUUUGAUUUUAAUUUUUAUAUGAAAGGCUUCCAACCCCUACUGCUUCUCUACUUGGAUAUUUUAUACUGUACAGUAUAUAAUUAUCUUUGGCAGAGGAUCUUUUCAUGCUGUGCAUGAUAUUAAAGUUUAACUUGGCACUUGGUUAUGAUGGUGUAGCAUUUGUUUACUCUCGAUCAUUUUAGACUGAUUUAAGGUACAUUACCCAUCGAUGUAGCUGCUUUUCUAAAGUAGCUCAUGGAACACCAUUUUGAUUUUGCUAAACUUAAGCUCAAAUACUAUUUUGCAGACUGACAAAUAGUUGUUCACAUGGGACUAUUGUAAAACAUGAGAUUUGCCUAUCUAAGAGUUGCCUUGAUUCAUAAGUUGUGAAAAUAGAGUACAAGACUGUCGUCAUUCCAUAAAACGGUGCUAUAUAACAGAUGGGAAUUUUUUAAGCAUAUCAUUUUCAAAGGAAGUUAACUUGAGAUUGUUAUGCUCCGUCCAUCAGUAUUUAAGGAAGUAAACAUAUUUAUUUUAUGAUGAGAAAAUUAUACUAUAGUUAGAAAUAGAUAUAGAAUUGCUCAAAUUAGUUGAUUUUGAAGAAUAUGACAAUGUCUAUAAUGAGGGAGAAGAAGACCAUUCAUUAUGUUGUGCAUUGUGUGUGAUGUUAAGUAGUAUUUAACGACUACUUGAGGUGCUACCAGUAGUAAAGUAGGAUAUUUAAAAUUAUGUGAAUACUACCUUUGUGUGACUACAAUGAUUAGUCACUGUUGUUAUCCCAGUGAAUCCACUCAGACAUUCAGUCUGUACACAAGAAAAUCCACUCUUUAUUUUUUGGUGUACAUCUCUCCAGUGUCUGAUGAACUUUGAAGGGCUUUGUGUGCUGUCUCGUGUCUUCUAAUAAUUGGUGGGAAAACUUCUCGUCACAACCUCAGACUCCUGCUAUCCUUUGUUGAUCAUUUUAGUCUUAAACACCAGCAACUAGACAGAACUAGUUGUUAAGGGUGUUGUGGCCACUAACUUCAGGCUGUUUCCUUCCACUCCAUGUGCCAAAUUUGUUUUAGCAAUUUUCUUUUAUAUAGAUAUAACUCUUCUUUGUGCUGGAAUAGUAAAUAUGUGAAAUAUUAGACUGAUCAAUACUCGAUAAUCAGAGAUUUAAUGGUACCAUGGUUUUAUAUAUAUAUAUAUAUAUUUUUUUUUUUUAAGGUACAAUGUCUUCAGUAUGCAUUUACAUAAUUAAGCCAUUAUAUUCUACAAAAUAUUAUGUAUCAAAUAUAAAAAAAAUAAUCCUCCCAUUUGGUUGGACAUGAAGAUGUUACACAUAUUCUUGGGUGACACUAUUUAUAUAUAUUUUUUUUUAGAUUUGAUUGUAUUAUAUGCAUGAAAUAACCAGCUCUUCAUGUCAACCCAUAGAAUAUUGUACGAUUAGGCAUAUUCAUUUGGAAGCAAAUUAAAGACAUGAUGGAGUAAACCCAUUUUUGUAUGUAUAUACUGAUGAAUCAGCAGAUUAUACCAUUAUUAUUUAGAUGUCUGUUUUCUCUGGUAUUUUUGCUGUGCACAUAUGUUUGUAUAUAAAUAUAUUGAGUUAUGAGAUAUUAUCUCUUAAACAAGGUAUAUUAAACAUGAAAGGUGAA